GAAGGUCGCCGGGUCGAUCGGUUUUGCCCGCCGCGCGGGUAACGAACGCGCGGAACCUCUCAGGUUCCAACCAUCGUUAGUCGCGCAGUGUUUCUCGCAGCUCCAAUAUUGAUAUCGUAGAUUCGUCCUGCAAAAUUCCAUCGAUAGAAUCGAUCGCGUUUCCGCCAUUCGGAGUGGACAACAGCGAUUUCGAUAGUCAAGAUUUUUAGCAGCAGUCAGAUACUGCUUCGAUCGAUACUGAAACAGUGGUUGGAGAGAGCGUGCACUAUGGACAAAGAUGACAUCAUAAGCGGAAGUCGAUAGCGCGUUGAAAUAAUGUAUACGAGUGAUAAAGUGAUGAUGAUUAAAAACGAUUAUUUUUCAAUUUGUUUUUGCAGAAACGGCAGACGAUCAUUACGAAUAAACGAGAUGCGCAAAACAAACUUUAACUUGAUCUCGAUAGAGAAGAUUCCUAUUUCAUUUACUCCGAAAUGAACAGUGUCUAAGAAUUAAUUACCAUUAACUUUUUUUUUACGAUUCCUCUUACGAUGAAGUUAAACUGAAGGCGGACUUUAUUUAUAUGGAUAAAUGAAGAACUGUGAAGUAUUUCAAGCGGUGCUCAAAAGCCAUCGAUUUUUGCCUGACGGAUGACGAAAGGGAUUGAGCCCACGUGAAUUAACAUCUCAAAUGUUUCGCGAAAAUAGGCAAACGGAGCAUUGUGUUGCAAUUCGGCAAACUUUCCAUUCUAGUGACCCUGUUCCGAGCAAUGGGGACAAUUCGCGAUAUUCAAAGAUCGUGCAUCCGUAAUAAGAGCAGUCCAUUUCUUCGACUCGAAAAAUAUGUAACAGUGAACUGUCAAGUGUAAGUAACGUCAAAGAAGUGACAACCAGCUGAUCGAUAACGCGGCAAGCUUCCGCGAUCGAUAUUCUCGAAGAGUCGUCCUCGUCGUCUUCGAUAGCGGUGAUGAUGUCGCCAAUGAUGAUGAAGCGAUCGGCCUAUUUGCAUCUGUAUGAUUACAAGUGCAUCGAACGCAAUGUCAGGAUCGCCGAUCGUUUCCGGUAGCGGUCGAGCGCGAUAUUCGAGGAAAAAAUUCAACGGGAUAACCAUUAACGAUCUAUUGUGAUACGUGUAAGUUCAGAGCUAAUCAAUGGCGCUUGAUAGCCCGGCGCUGCCCACGCACGAUCGUUCGACGUUUACGAGGGAGAGUCGAUUGUGACAACAUCACUAGUGUUAUAUUCGUGACAAAUGCAUCUGACGUGUGCCGGAGUAUUUGUCUGAGUGUUUCCCGCGCGCGCGUUUGAUCGGGAUAAAAGUGACGUUCGCCGUGAGUGAAACGCCGAAUAAUUUUCGCAAUGUUGCCUAAAAAGGACAGUCAGACAGAGCCGUACGUUCUGGAGGACAUGAUAUCGGAUCUUCAGGCGAGGAGGCACUCGCUGGAUCAAGAGGACGUUGUGCAGGAUCCCACCGAGUUGCUGAAACAACGCGAGAGAGACCUUGUCUUGGCCGCUGAACUCGGCAAGGCUUUGCUCGAGAGGAAUCAGGAACUAACGAAGCAAGCCGAGGCCUUAGCCGAGGAAUAUUCCACCAAAUUGGAAAGUUUGGAGCAGGAGAGGCAUCUAUUGCGAAGGAAACUCGAAGAAGCUAGAGAUGAGAGCGAAGCGAGAGCCUUGGAGCUUCAGGGCGACGUAGAGACCCUCAGGAGUCAAUUGGAGGAGCAAAAUGAGAGAGCGAGAAGAGCGGAACGCGAUCAAGCUACUCUCGUCGCGGAGUUGACAGCGCAAAACACGAGGCUGGCCGAUCAGCUGAGAGAGGCCGCGAAACAGGAAGAGCAGUUGCUCAUCGAGAUGAAGGUCCUCAGGGAAAAAUGCGCUCUCAGGAACACGACCCUGCAAGAUCACGUCAGCAGCUUAGAGAUCCUCAGGGACGAGGUACAACUGGUAUCGGCACAAAGGACAGAGCUAGAAAGGCGGUCCUUGGAACUGCGAGAGGAGAGAGCCAGAGCGAUCGCAGCUCUCGAGGAAGCCGAAGAGAGAGCCGCGGCCUUGGAGCGACUCAGCCACGAGGCGGAACACCGCGCAAGAAUGGCCGAGCAGGAAAGGGAUGAAUUAUCAUCAGCAUUAGCAGCCAUCGAGGCAGAAAGGAGGGGUCGCUCCGGUUCGAUACAGAAGCCACCUAGGUCCUUGCAGGCGGAGAUGGAGUGCGAGGAGAGUGGUAGCUCGCUGGAGGAACAGGAGGACGGAAGUUUGAAGACGGAAGUGGCGAGAGCGACGAAGCGGUUGAGGGAGUUGUGUGCUCAUCUGAGACGUGGUGAAGACGACUCGGGUCUGCAGAGCGACUGCGACGAGUCCAUGCUGGUAAUCAAUCUCAAUAAUUCCGAACCGGAAGUAAGCACCAACGAGCGAGAAGCUCAUCCUUCGCCGACAAAUUGUCCGGGCGCGUUGCUGGAGCUGGUCGAGGAAGUCUAUAAUCUCGCGCUAUCGGGCAGAGGGGCACCUGGUGAACUUGGACUAGCCGUGGAACUGCACAAAGUACGAGAGGAACUGGAGCAUUCACGGGAACAGUGCAGGAUACAAGAGGAUGAGUUGAAGCGACGCGGCGACACGAUUCUGGAACUGACGAGCAAACUAAGCGUCUGUGAAGCGGAACUACGUGGCGUCAAGGAAGAACGCGAUCGCGCCAGAGGCGACAUCGAGCACUCUGAAUUGACAAAGGACGAGAUCGUGGCGAAGGCUUACAAGGUGCGAGAUCAGGCGGUAGCCAGGCAAAACAGGGUAGAGGUGGAACUGGCCAGGACACGAAUAGACAUCCUGCAGGCGGAUAGUCAGCUGAAGGAGGCGAUCAAGCAGAAAGUCGAACUGAGUCAGCAAUUGGAACAGUGGCAGAUGGAUAUGCAGGCGCUUCUGGACGAGCAUGUGCGUAGCAAACUGACCCCGGUCUCGCAAAUUGUUGCCACGAGAAACGGCGAGAACUCGGACGUGUCGGCGCCGGCCAGAAAGAAGAGGAGCACCAGCUCGACGAAGAAGAUGUUCGGCCUGUUUUGACGAAAGUGACGUAGCGCGAUGACUUCGUUGCAUUAAACUGAAGUGAUCGCGACUGAUGUAGGCUGUACUUUUGGUUCCUGCGCAACUAUCUCGCUAUAAAAAAGAAGACAAAAUGGAAAGAAAGGAAGAGAAGAUAGUGCGAAUUUAUAUAGGUAUACCUAUUUACUCUUUUAAGGACGACUGAAUAUUGCCGCUUGACUCAAUCGUGACGAAAAGAGACAAUGUUUCAGAUUAUCUUCUGCCAUUCUUCUAAAGUCAUUUUAAAUGACUUUAGUCUCUCGCAUUUACACGCGUCACGAUAAAUAGGGCAGACAUGGAAUCUGAAUUAAUCUUUAACUAGCGAUUCUAUAAUAAGGAAGACUAAAAUUAGUGGAUCUCGAAUUAGAUACACUAGACUCAAGUGCAAACUGCGGGAUUCGUCCUGACAUGAAACGUUGACAUAUAUGGUUGCAUGACGUAUGUGACAAAUGUUAACUUUACUCACGAUAAGGUACUUACAGGGAGUUUAUUACGUCGAUGCUCACGUGUCGAAACCGAUUACAAAUUGGAUUUUAAGUGACGCGCAUUUAUCGUUGCUCGCAGAAAAAAUAACACAUGCAUAACGUCUGACUUUCCCUGAUCAAUUCCUCAACUAGGGAAAGUCACGAAUCGCGAUUCUUCUUGAAUCAUUUUGGCGCAAAAUUGUCGCGAAUGCAUUUUUCAUCUUCGUCUUGAAAUUAGUCGCGGUUUCUAUGUGUAAUUUUUUAUCAAAUGACUCGAUCGAUGUAAUUCGCCAAAGACUGUCAUUUUUAUGCAUUGAAAAAUACUAAUGACAUAAAAUUGCAUUGUGCUGCUAAUGUCGAAUCAGCAAGAUGAAAUAAUCCUAUUUUAUCAAAAAUAGGAGGUUCUCUCUUAUCAAUGUUUUAUCUUCAAGGAAUUGAAAUUUUAUAAAAUUUACUUAAAAACAUUUUUUCCUUAUAAUUUU